GACAUCCAUGCAAGUCCAACGUUUCAUUCUUAAUUCCCAAACUAAUUCAUUUCAAAUGUUCUUGCUGACCUACAAAUACCUGCUUUGAGCAUCUUAAAGCUCACACCAGUAUUCUAGCGAGAGUUGAGGAAAGGGGAAGUAAGAAUGGAAAGAUCUUACUCUCAUCUGCUUCUCUUUUUGGCCCUUGUCUCAUUAAAGAGCUUCAAUCUUCUAUGCAGUGCUGCUGAUCCUACAGAUGGUUUCACCCCUGUGCCAUUAACAGAAGCAAAUUUUGUGCUGCAGAAGCCAUAUAACGUACCGCUAAAUGAGCGAUACAGCUAUGAAGAUGGAAUACACCAUUUGUGGGUCUAUGCUACAGAUAAGCCACAUGACCCCAGUAGCAACACCCAACCAAGAACUGAAGUUCGCAUUACAGGUCUUGACUAUUCAUCAGGAGUAUGGCAAUUUGAAGGCUAUGGUUUUGUGCCAAAUGGAACAUCAGGUGUGACAGUAGCACAGAUACAUGGUGCGUCUCAUGGAGCAACCACUUUGAUACUAAGGAUCUACGAUGGCAACAUGAGGUACUAUAGCGGAGACUUGGUGGCUACUGAUCUUUAUGACAAGUGGUUCAGGCUAAAUAUAAUCCAUGAUGUGGAUGGAGGUAGGCUGACUGUAUUCAUUGAUGGUGAAGAGAGAUAUUCAACCCACGAUCAAGGGCCUGGCGAUCUGUACUUCAAAUGUGGAGUCUAUGCUGCUCCUCGCAAUAUAAGCUAUUACAUGGAAUCAAGGUGGAGAGACAUCAAAAUAUAUAAGAAGUGAUAAUGUGUGUGGAUAUGUAAUAAGGUGGCUUUUGGUGUGAAAAAUAAUUGAGAUUUAAAGUA